AUGGCUACUCGUACAACCACUGUCAUGCCAGCGAUUCAAGUCCAAGGCCAGAGGGCAUACCAUGGCCUCAAAGUCAAUGGCAGCAGGAUGCUCGAGACCCUGCACAAAACCUGUGACUUCGGCAAGGCGCAUCCAUGGGGCGAACUUGCCACAGAGACUGGCAUGGCCCGACUCUCCCUCAAUGACGACGACAAAAAGGUUCGCGAUUGGUUGCUUGGCGAAGCAGAAUCCCUUGGAUGCAAGGUGACUGUCGACCAGAUGGGCAACAUGUUCGCGGUCAGGCCGGGAAGGUCCAAGGACGCGGCACCGGUCAUGAUGGGGUCGCAUCUCGAUACGCAGCCGACCGGUGGGCGAUACGACGGUAUCCUUGGCGUCAUGGCUGGACUCGAGGUGUUGAGGACGCUGGAGGAUAAUAAAUGGGAGACUGAAGGGCCAGUUGGUUUGGUGAAUUGGACAAACGAAGAGGGCGCUCGCUUCCCCAUCGUCACCGUCGCCUCCGGCGUCUGGGCCGGCGCCAUCCCCCUCGAAACAGCAUGGAACCUCACUGAAGUAACGCCCCCCGCUGGGAACACUCCCCAAAACAUGAAACAAGAGCUCUCCCGUAUCGGAUACCUCGGCGACACACCAGCGUCGCACACUUCCUUUCCGAUCGGGGCACACUUUGAGCUUCACAUUGAACAAGGUCCGAUUCUCGAAGAUACAGCACGGAAGAUCGGCGUUGUCACGGGUGCACAGGCGCAUAGCUGGUUCGAGGUCGUCGUGUCGGGGAGCGAUGGCCACGCGGGCACGACGCCGAUGAGUAUGAGGCAGGAUUCCGUGCUGGCGGCGGCCAGGAUGAUUGUGGCGUCGAAUGAGAUUGCGAAGCGACAUCAAGGACUAAUCACCACCGGCAUCGUUGGUGGGUUGCCUGGUAGUGUCAACACCGUGCCGCACACGGCCAAGUUCACGCUCGAUGUGAGGCAUACCAGCGAUGCGACGCUGGCCGAGAUGGUAGAGCAGUGUCACGCGCAGUUCGAGGAGAUUGCAAAGCACAACUCCGAGAGAGGUGUCGAGGUUUCAUGGAAGACCUUGACGGAGAACAAGGCUGUCGUCUUCCACCAGGAUUGCGUCAAGGCCGUCGAGGAGGCCGCCGAGGAAUAUUGCUCACAGUUGCCCAAUCAUGGAGAUGCAGUAGAGAGCAAAAGAUGGCAGCACAUCACCAGCGGAGCUGGCCAUGACUCUUGCCACGUGAACAAGAUCUGCCCUACUGCCAUGAUCUUCGCGCCGACGAGGAAGGGGAGAAGCCAUACGCCAGAUGAGUACUGCCCAGCGGGAGAUUGCGUUGCUGGAGCGCAAGUGCUGCUUGGGGCUGUUUUGCGCUACGAUGCGUCGCGAAACCUAGCAUAG